AUGCCUCUAAUUCCUUUCUUUCUUCUAGAGGCCACUGAGCCCCUUGAUACUAGUAUCAGUCGUCCGGACACAUACGCCGCUGCCGCAAACCAAUCUGCGAGUAGCGCGAGAGAGAAAAUAGCUCGCCACUUUGAGCCAGGUGAUACCAAAGCUACCAGUCGUCGCUUGUCCGAUAUCCCAACCUCCAUUAAUGAAUUCCGAACCUAUGAAUUGAAUGAAGGAAUUGAAGAGCCGGGUGAAGAACCGAGGUCUGUUCUAGGUUCGGUUCAUGAGAUCGUGGCUAAGGCUUUAGGAGGUGGAUCUCAAGCACUAAGAGAAAGAAGGAGAAGAAGCAGGACUUCCAGGGUUGGCAAGGCUAAGGCCAAACCAGAGAACUACACCGAUACCAGCUUCAAAUCCAAAGCGAUCGUCCUCAAUCAACAAUCUCUCCAGCUUAACGCCCCCUCCUCCAACAGCCAAUUCACCCAUCAUCUCUCUCUCCUCUCCUCCAAAUCCGACUCCCAGCGCCGCGACUCGCUCGCGUACUUAACUUCCUCCAUCGCUUCUCGUCCUGUCAACUCGCAUCUCCCUCAACCAGUCAGUGUAAUGCUGCCUUCUCUCCUCCCACUUCUUCUCGACGCUAGCAACAAUGUGCGCACUCAGCUUAUUAAACUCCUGCGCACACUUCCCCAUUCAGACGUCGAGGAUCACGUCUUACAACUCUUGCCCUACGUCCGCGCUGGUAUGACCCACCUUGCACCUGAUAUCCGAGUCUCAGCCGUGGAGAUUUUAUCCUGGUUGGUUGAGUCAGCGGGGGAGCAGGUAGUUUCAUGUGCGGGCGGAUGGAUUAAGACAUUAAAUUGCUUCCUCUCCGUGUUAGGAUGGCAUACAGACGAAUCUGCGAAGUGGUCCUCUACUCGGGCUUCUUUUGGGAAAUCCGGAAGUAAGGGUAAACCAAUGGUGAAGGUCUUGGGCGCCCUGGCGGGAUUCUUGGACGCCGGUGUUGGAGAACCUGGUGCAACUGCAGGUGUUAAUGGUGAUCAGAAUGGAAAUGAUGCCUCUGCCUCAUCGGCUUGUCCUUUUCCUUUGUGCCAAACAGAUCAUCAUAUGAUUUCUGCUUCGGCUGCGCCGUACGCUUACUUGAACCUUUUUGGUCAACCUCGUGAUGAGGAGGGAGAAAUGUAUGAGACUCGUGAGGAUAGAUAUAGAGUCUUUGCUACUCGCUUUUUACCCGCUGUUGAUCGCGGCCUGAAGAGUGCCCGCGAAGAGGGCGGCGAAUUGGGUCGAGCUGCGUCUAGUGUCACCAAGGUUCUCAAGGGCGCUUUAUCUUAUGGACCUGGACCUUAA